AUGCUUGUUGGGAAUCUAACAGGGCUUACAGAGCUCUAUCUUGAUGGUGUCAAUGUUACUUCCUCUCACGACAGGAAAGAAUGGAGUCGUGUGAUAUCAUCGUUUUUGCCUAACAUCACCGGGCUGAGUUUGUGCCGGUGCUCUCUGCUUGGCCCUUUGUUUAAGUCCUUCUGGCAACUCCGUUCCCUGUCUGUUCUUCGACUAGAUCUGAAUGAUCUGUCCAGAGUAGUUCGGGACAUGUUCGCCAGUUUUUCGAGUUUGAACACUUUGAGCCUUGUUGGGUGUGGUUUGGAAGGUUUCUUUCCUGGAGUGAUAUUUGGUAUUCCAGGUUUGGAAAAUCUUGAUUUGUCUCAUAAUAAACUGCUUAGCGGAAGCGUACCACCAUUUACAAAGACAGGGUCUGUUAAGUCUAUGAGGCUGAGUGUCACUAAUUUUUCGGGUAUCAUACCAAGUUCGCUUAGCAAUCUCAGGUCGUUGUCGGAGAUAGACCUGUCCGAUUGCCUUUUCACCGGUUCGCUUCCUUCCACCUUUGCUUCACUGACUGAACCCUAA